GAAGGAAGUGCUUGUGGAGCAGCGAGCGUCCCGAGAGCUUGUUGGCUUUCAGAUCGACCUUGAAGAGGUGCAAGGAAAUGUAUUUAUUAUUGUUAUUAUUGAUGUUGUUUUCAAUGCAUUUGUUUUGACAUGGCGACUCACGCAUCACUGGAGCAAUCCUGCUUUGUCUUUAAUGCAUAUUUAUGUGUUAUAUUUAGCGGUGACAAUAAUGAACGCUACAUCCUAACAGGACAGACCAAUGCACCAAUGUUUCUGUCCAUAUGUCCAGACAGCUCCACUGACAACACAGAUCUCCAACGUCAGUGAUAGGGGCUCACCAUGGCAACAACAGAGGCGUAGAGUCUGUUUUGAGUUGAGAAUUUUAAAAGACUUAAAGCACGUUGUGUAACAUGUUGCUUCAGUGGCAUGAUAGCCCCGCACAAACUACACCCACAACAGUGGAGACUUUUCACUGAUAACCCUGAAAUGUGGACUUUGACCUGGCGGAUCAGGUGGUGUGUUACCACUUUUGCGUUAAAUAGAAUCAAUACUGCACGUCUUAGACCUCAGGAGGAAAACUUGUGGAUUUUAAUACAACAAACACAACAGAGGAAAUGUCCCACGUCUUUCCAGUGCUCCUUGUACUUCUCAGCUUCCUGUCACUCAGGCCCGCUGGCUGUAGCAGGAUCCUGGUGGUGCCGGUGGACGGGAGCCACUGGAUCAACAUGGAGGUGAUCCUGAAGGAGCUGCACUCCCGAGGACACUUCCUCACCGUGCUGCACUCACCCAAGAGCUGGUACAUCCCCACCAAUGCCUCCUUUUACACGUCCAUCACCGUGCCCAUGCUGGAGGACGGCACCAGUAAGGACUUCUACAAUGAGAUACUCAAGGACGUGAUCGAGUGCCGCAAGUCCGCCAACUUCCUGAGGACAUUUUGCCAGCAGCGCCUCAUUACAAACAUGCUGUCCAUGGGUCACAGUAUUCUCGCCGCGGCGGUUGCUACUAUGUUGGACGAUCCGGUUUUCAUGAGGAAGCUACAGGAUGCCAAGUUUGAUGUUAUGUUAACCGACCCUGGCCUGACAGUGGGGGUGCUCCUGGGGAAUUACCUGAAGUUGCCGAUGAUCUUCAACGUGCGCUGGAUUAAUAAUGGAGAGAGUCACUUCGCCACAUCCCCCUCUCCUCUGUCCUUUGUCCCUGUGUCCGGAAGUGAACUACAUGACCAGAUGGAUUUCCAGGGAAGGCUCAAGAACAUGUUGCAUUACAUUUAUAGUGUCAUUGAAAUUUACUUUUACAUAAACCCAAAGUACUCAGAUGUAUUCCAGAGGCACUUCCCUCCUGGAACAGACCUGCUCUCCUUGGAACUUGCAGCAGAUAUCUGGCUGGUGAGGUCAGAUUUCGUCUUUGAGCUCCCUCGCCCGACAAUGCCCAACAUGGUCUAUGUAGGGGGGUUCCAGUGUAAAAAGGCCCGGCCCCUUACUCCUGAUCUGGAGGCCUUCAUGCAGAGUUCUGGGGAACACGGGGUGGUGGUCAUGUCUUUGGGAACGUUGGUCUCGGCCCUGCCUCGUGAGGUCACCAAUGCCAUCGCGGCUGCAUUUGCUCAGCUGCCUCAGAAGGUGAUCUGGAGGAUCGUGGGAGAAAAGCCAUCAUCCUUAGGAAACAACACCCUGCUGGUGGACUGGCUGCCUCAGAAUGACCUCCUGGGACACCCCAAAACUCGCGUGUUUGUCGCCCACGGGGGCACCAACGGCAUCUAUGAGGCGAUCUACCACGGAGUUCCGGUUCUGGGUCUGCCGCUGCUCUUUGACCAGUUUGACAACCUUCUCCGGCUGAAGGUGCGUGGGGCAGCCCUUGUGUUGGAGGCUAAAUCACUUACCCAGGAAGACUUCCUCCAGGCUCUUAAAGACAUUCUCGAGACUCCAUCAUACCGCGACAACAUACUUCGACUCUCUCAGGUCCAUCACGACCGCCCCGUGUCUCCUUUAAAUGUGGCCAUCUUUUGGAUCGAGUACGUCAUCAGGCACAAAGGAGCGGCCCAUCUGCGGCCGGCAGCUUACGGCCUUGCCUGGUACUCCUACUUCUGCCUGGACGUGCUUCUUGUCAUGGUUGCUGUUGUCGGAGCCUUUGUGGGGGCUUCCAUCUUUAUCUGUAAGAGUGUCUGUUGCCGCAGGUUCAGGAGAAAGAUGAAAUCUGAAUAAUAAAUUUGGUGACUUGUUUUUGCAGUUGCUGAAGCACUGAUCACUAAUCCAGCAUUGAUUGCAAUGGUACAGCAUAAAAGAUGGACAAGUGAAGAUCUUUGGUGUGUGGUGGGAGUGUUUUGUUGGAUAUUGGCCAAAUUGGAUAUGAAUGAGUGAUUGGGCACGAACAAGCCCUUUUAAACCACAUGGUAGAUAUACUUUCUUCAAGCCAUUGCCCCCACUGAGCCAUUCUUUCCCUGAAACAAUGUCAAUUGUGUUUUCUUUUUCCGUGGUGCCUGAGCAGAGUUCAUAACACUUCCUAAAUGUCUAGAAAAAACCCUUGGCCUUAUUUGCCACUCUUAUAAAUGCAGGUCUUAUUUCAUUAAAAUAAAAAUUCUCUUGUGUAUUCUGUGUUUUCAUUCUUGUCAGGUAAAACAACACU